AAAUUAAAAUUACACCACCGAACAAAAGCUGUAUUUUCAAUCCCUUCCGUAUUCUCACCUCUGCAUCCGAAAUUCCUCUCUGAGUGGAUCGGAGAUCGGAGACCACAAAUUUUCAUCUUCUUUUCCCUCCGAUUCUUCGUCUUCAUCCUCAUCGGCGACCUAGAUCCCUUCCAAUUUCCCUCCGAUCUGCUUCAAUCGCCUCCGCCAAUGUUCCUCAUUGACUGGUUCUACGGAGUAUUGGCCUCCCUCGGCCUCUGGCAGAAGGAGGCCAAGAUCUUGUUCCUCGGCCUCGAUAAUGCCGGAAAGACCACCCUUCUCCACAUGUUGAAGGACGAGAGGCUAGUUCAGCACCAGCCUACCCAGUACCCGACGUCGGAGGAGUUGAGUAUUGGAAAAAUCAAAUUCAAGGCCUUUGAUUUGGGAGGACAUCAAAUUGCUCGUAGAGUCUGGAAGGAUUACUAUGCUAAGGUAGAUGCUGUCGUGUACCUGGUCGAUGCCUUUGACAAAGAGAGGUUCGCAGAAUCGAAAAAGGAACUUGAUGCUCUUCUCUCUGAUGAGUCUCUUGCUACCGUGCCAUUCCUUAUAUUGGGCAACAAGAUCGACAUUCCUUACGCUGCCUCAGAGGACGAAUUGCGCUACCACCUUGGUUUGACCAACUUCACCACUGGCAAGGGAAAGGUAAAUCUGGCUGAUUCGAACGUACGCCCAUUAGAGGUAUUCAUGUGCAGUAUCGUUCGCAAAAUGGGUUACGGCGAUGGUUUCAAGUGGAUGUCCCAAUAUAUCAAGUAGUUAAGAUCGACCAGGUAUGUCCUACGGUUUUGUGAACCGAUGAAAUCCCAGCGUCCCAAGCCCCCAGAGUCCUCAACGUACUGAUUGCAGUUUGAUAUUCAGUGUGUUUAUAGGGGCUUUGAAUUGGACUUUUUUGCUUUCAGAUGAUGUGUGGAAGGAGGUAUUAAUGCUUGCUUUGUAAAAUUCACUUCCUGCCUCAACUUUAUUAUUUUUAACAUUCUUAUCUCUUGUUAUUCAUCUAACUCGGUUAGGAUGAGUUUUUCUAAUUUGUUGAUCAUCAACACUGGACUUUGAGGGCAUGGAUGAAUAUUAGGUUAAAAAAUUAUUUAGGAGUUCUAAAUAAGAAAAUCAUGGCUUAUUGGGAAGACUGUUUCCAAAACAGUUUUAUGUUUCUUUGGAAGAAUAAUUCAGUGAUGAACUAUUUCAUGUU